GAAAUGGUGACAUCCUGUCCUAUGAAGACGCCAACAGAGCCAUGCAGACGGGGGUCUCAGGCAUCAUGAUUGCAAGAGGGGCACUGAUCAAACCCUGGCUUUUCACUGAAAUUAAGGAACAGAGACACUGGGAUAUCUCCUCCAGUGAGAGGUUUGAAAUCCUCAGAGACUUCACCCACUAUGGCCUUGAGCACUGGGGGUCAGACACUCAGGGAGUGGAGAAGACCAGGAAGUUCCUGCUGGAGUGGCUCUCCUUCCUCUGCAGGUACAUUCCAGUGGGUUUAUUAGAACACCUACCUCAGAAAAUUAACGAGCGGCCACCUUACUACCUGGGGAGAGACUACCUGGAGACCCUGAUGGCGAGUCAGAACGUGGAGGAUUGGAUCAGAAUAAGUGAGCUGCUUCUGGGACCUGUACCUACCAACUUCACCUUCCUGCCCAAACACAAGGCAAAUUCCUACAGGUAG